GAGUGUAUCAAAGGCUAUUGGUGACAGGAUUGAUCGAUAUGCCAUAGUAUAGCGCUUGUGAUCAACUUCAGCGUAAAGGACAUCCUCAGCAAAAUUAUUAUCUUCAUUAUAUGGCCUAAUUUUGAGGAAAAAGGGAACUGCAAGGAUUCGCCAAAAGUUGAAUUCUGUGGCUGCGGUAGGUUUAUUUCGAAACAGGGGUCGCUGGGGUGACCUUUCAUGAAGGGCGUUUACGAUAAGGGCUCAGGGGAACUGAAGACGUGAGAUAAUCGAGCUUGGAUCGGACCCUUUUUUAGUUAAUAGUGCGCGGAAGACGUUCUAUUUGUUUGAUAUAAUUACAACGUUUGUGGGUGUAAUACACCAGGGGGUAUUCAUUUAGGUGUGCGUUUAUGGCUGGCGACGGGCUGUUGUACGGGAUGAUGUGAAGAAGGCCUUAACCGGAUGGAUUUUGACAAAAGAAGAAGGGAGAUAAUGUGGGCGAUGCACAAUGGCGGGGAUUAAAUUAUUAUUUCUUCCUUAUUGUGUUCUAUUGAGGUGGUGGAUAUUGUCUUGGUAAAUGACUUUGAGUGGGAUGGCAUGGAUACCUGCCUUUGAAAGUUUUCAGCCUUUUGGUGUUUUAUCGAUUUCGGAGCUUUAUCAGCGCCUGUCGGCGGCCAGGGUGGCGUGCCUACAGUGCUCUGGACGCUGGUAGGAUGGAAAUGAUCGUUGUUAUUAUUAUUUGUUAUGAACCAGAGUGUAUAUGUGUGAGUGUGGAAUGGGCUAUUUAUGCGGAUUGAAUGCUCCAGCAUCCCACCUUUCCUUUAAACUGUUUGUUCGCAUCAAGUUUCCAGUUUUUUUUGCCAGUGCAUUUUAUUUGCAUUUUGACAAAAACAUUUACGUCUUCUCUGCGCCUUUUAAUACUUCGCUUUUUCAUAAGACAGUGCAAUUGUGGAUAUUAGGGAUCUUUCUUUAA